GGCGCUGUCUCCGGAUCAUGCUGAGACUCUGAUCCGCUGACUGGCUGCAGGAGGACCCGCGCCGUGUGCGGUUUUUGUUGAACAUGGCCGAGUAUUUGGCUUCUAUCUUCGGUACAGAGAAAGAUAAAGUAAACUGCUCUUUCUACUUUAAAAUCGGAGCAUGUCGCCAUGGAGACAGGUGCUCCAGACUCCACAACAAGCCCACCUUCAGCCAGACGAUCGCCCUCCUGAACAUAUACCGUAACCCUCAAAACACUGCCCAGUCUGCUGAUGGAUUAAAUGCAGUUAGUGAUGUGGAGAUGCAGGAGCACUAUGAUGAGUUCUUUGAGGAGGUCUUCACAGAGAUGGAGGAGAAGUAUGGCGAGGUGGAGGAGAUGAACGUGUGUGAUAAUCUUGGAGAUCAUCUGGUCGGGAACGUCUAUGUGAAGUUUCGUCGUGAGGAGGAUGCUGAGAAGGCCGUGCUGAACCUGAAUAACCGCUGGUUUAACGGGCAGCCCAUCCAUGCUGAGCUUUCUCCAGUCACGGACUUUAGGGAGGCCUGCUGCAGGCAGUAUGAAAUGGGAGAGUGCACUCGAGGUGGCUUCUGCAAUUUCAUGCAUCUAAAACCAAUCUCGCGAGAACUCAGGAGAGAGCUUUAUGGACGCAGAAGGAAGAGGCAUCGCUCCCGCUCUCGUUCUCGUGAGAGGCGCUCCCGCUCCCGUGAACGCAACCGAGGAGGAGGAGGAGGAGGAGGAGGUGGUGGACGAGACCGCGAGCGACGGAGGUCCCGGGAUAGAGAACGCUCCGGCAGAUUUUAAAACCAUCCAUCUCUUCUCCACGCUCAAACUCUGCCCUCCAGUGGUUGUCUUCAGCCCUAAUGGCAAAAAAUGUAACACAUGUUACUUGUUUUUACAUCAGUUGACUUUUACUUUUUUCUUCUUCUUCUUUUUUUUCUCCCAUUUUUGGUAGCCCUCCCCUUGCGUAUUUGUCCUGUAUCCUUUUACACAGACGUUAUUUUGUUUCUGAAUAAAAACCUUCUCUAGUA